AUGACACGAUUCACAUCUUUGGUAGCCAUCUUCGCCCUGGUCAUUGCCACCAUCGCACUCACAACCGCAGCCCCUGUCCCCACUCCAACCGGCAUCCUCACUAUCGAUGAACUCAAGGCUGCCGCCAAUGGCACCUGUCCACCCCAGACCUCAGGCGAAAUCAUCAGCUGCGAAGAUGCCCUACCCUACAUCAACGAUGCCAUCACAAACGGCAACUUGAAGUACAACCAUAACCUAGUCCAUGCAACCCAAGGAACUCGAUCAAUGCUCCCUCAACCAUCACUCGAAAAGUUCGUGAGUGCCAACGCCGACAUCCAGACCUUGGUCGCAACUUACCCCGCCGACACACUUCUAGUCGACAUUUUGAUCAACAACCACCUCGACUUUUUGCCCGGUGCAUGGUGGACAGUUUCAGGUCCUAAAUGCUCUGGCCAUGCUGGUGCUCUCGAUGGCACCGUCACUACCUUUUUGCAGUGGGAGAUUGACUGUAUCAAUGGUGGUGUUGAAACCCUUUUCGAUCGUAGUGCUGUCUUUGGAGUCGUCUACCAGAGCAUCCACUAA